AUGAAUGAUGAGAUCCACGCGAUUGAGAAAAAUGAUACGUGGGAGCUCACAUCUCUCUCGGAAGGCAAAAAGUCCAUCGGUGUGAAAUGGGUCUAUAAGACCAAGUACAAGCCUAAUGGUGAUGUUGAUCGGUUGAAGGCUCGUCUCGGAGUCAAGGGUUACAAACAAAAACCCGCGAUUGACUAUUUUGAGAUGGAUGUCAAGUCCGCAUUUCUCAAUGGCGUACUUGAGGAGGAAGUGUAUGUGGAUCAACCUGAAGGUUAUGUCAAGAAAGGACAAGAGGGCUUUGUCUACAAAUUGAAGAAAACUCUUUACGGCUUUAAGCAAGCACCGCGAGCGUGCUGUCAGUAUGGUGAAAGGUGUAAAUUUUUCCAUCCAACUCAGCAGCAGUCCCGGCCUAAUGCCUAUGGAUUUGGCAUGCAUAGUGGCACAAACCAACAGCAACAGCCCAAUCCUUUUGGAUUUGGUGUUCAGAGUAGCUCUCAGCCAAGACCAGCUGCUGAUUUUGCGUUGCAGCAUAACCAGUUCAAGCCUUUCGAAAAUGAGUGGACUCGCUUCUCUCCUAUUUCUAAUGCUUCGGCCACUUCAUCUCAUCACCCUGAUAAUCAAAUUCAAUCGGGAAAUCACAAAUGCACAGAUCCGGAGUCCUGCAAACGAUUAAUUGUCGAAGAUUUUGAGCAUGAAAGACCGUCAUGGAAGCUCACAUGUUAUGGUCAUUGCAAAUAUGCUCCAUGCGAUAUUAGUGGCGACAUUAGCUAUGAAGAAUUGCGGUCUGCAGCAUAUGAUGAUGCUAAGCGCGGGUUGAGCUUGCAGUCAAUUGUCGAGAGGGAGAGGAAUGCACUUAACUUCAAAUUGACUGAGUUUGAGAAUUUGCUCCGUAGCCCAUACGUGGCUCCACCGUCCUCAACUGCUAGCCAAAGCGCACGCCUUGGUUUUGGGGCAAAUACAUGCUCAUUAUCAGCUCAAAAUACUGGCCAAUCUGUGGCCUCGAGUUUUGGUGUGCUUCAUGCAUCAUCUAAUGCGGGGGGAUCAAGGCAAGAAUCUUCCUGUUCCACUUUGUUAGGUAGUCAUUGGAGGCAAUAUCUGAAUUCCUCUUUAAAGUAUUCCCUAUGUGCCUUCAAACACUGCUUCGGGGAGUCUAAGUUCUUCAACUUUGCAGCAGACGCAAGUGCAUUUGGUCAAAGUUAUUUGCCCUCUGGAGGUACAGUCUCACAACAAAUGCUGAAUCCAACAAACAACAACUUCAACAUUGUUGUUGGACAAAAAGCUGUUGAUGAUCAACAAAAAAAUAAUGUGCGUCAGAGCGGGCAUGAAUCAAGAGAUGCCAGUGUUUGGCUGAAAGAGAAAUGGCGCCCUGGAGAGAUUCCUGAAGAGGUGCCUCCCGACACAUUCAUUUAGAAGGCCAUAUUGAGAUGAUAGGCGUGACUGUCAAUUGUUUUAUUAUUAUUUUUUCUUUUAAGUACAUAAUCUACAGAUAGAGCCCAACCAACCUUUCAUUAUCUUUUGCUUCAUUAUUUCAAGCGGCUUAGUAGGUUAAAAUGAUCAAAGAUCGGAUUUGUUUGUGUUGUUAGGAUGAGGCAUCCGUGGGAUUCUGCAAUGUUUUGAGGGGAGUUUGUCUGUAAUGUUUAGUAUUAUUUUUGGUGGAAAUCAUGGAUUUGUGUUUUCUGUUUUAA